AUGACGCUUCCCUUUUCCCUGUGACCUCUGGCGCUGUUGUUUACGUGGAGUUUUGGAGAGCCUUUCUUGCGCCUGGCCCAGUUGGCAGCUCCGGGAAGCGAUGGCAGCUUUACCCGCCCAGUCUGUCCGGGUGUCCGAAAUUAAGGACCCGACCGUGUUAUUCGAGCGCUACAGUACCGACGAAAUCCGGGCGGUCGAGCGCCAAGUCCGCGGAGAAAUCGAGCAGAAGAAAGAAGAGCUGCGCCAGAUGGUGGGGGAACGCUACCGAGACCUGAUCGACGCCGCCGACACGAUCGGGGAGAUGAGGCAGCGCUCGCAGAGUGUCGUGCAGUCUCUCCGGGACAUGUACCGAUACUGUAGCCAGCUGAAACACACGAAGAGGACUCCUCAAAGUCGCAGUAAGGAGGAGGAUCAGAAAGAGUCGAAGGAGAGGUUCUACACAAUGGCGUCGCAAAUAAAGCUGCUGUUGGAGAUUCCUGAGCGGAUAUGGAGCGCUCUUGAGUCCUCGCAGUACCUGGAGGCCACACAGCUCUAUCUGCUGUGCUGCCACCUGCACAACCAGCUGCACCUGGAGGCCAGAGGUCCGCACUAUAGCCCCGUGCUCUCACGCUUCCCCAUCCUCGUGAGGCAGGUGGCAGCCACCGGACACUUCAGGUCCACGAUCUUGCUGGACAGCAGGGCGGUGUUGCGUGGCAGGGCUGUUUCUGACCAGGCAAUAUCAGAAGCCCUGGUGUCUACCAUGCUCCUGGAAGACAGCUCCCCUCGGCAGGCUCUAGCAGAUUUCCUGCUGGCCAGGAAAGCCUCCAUCCAGCAGCUUCUCAACCAACCCCAACAUGGAUCUGGGAUAAAGGGUCAGGUGUGCGCUCUGGUGGAGCUACUGGUUACCACCCUGUACCAGGCCUAUGCUGUGUUCUACAUGCCUCCGGAGGGCCGGGGGGCGGAGCCUGGCUGGGGGGCGGAGCCUGGGCUGGGAUGCGGUUUGCUCUUCAGCACGUUGGAGAAUGUCACUUCCUCCUCAGCUACAGGCGGGGGGCGGAAGGUGCUCCGUGCCGAGGGGAGUGCAGGGAGCUGGUUUAAGUACCUGCCGCCCUCAGUCCUGGAUUUCCAGCCCACGCUGCGUACCCUGGCCCAGCCCAUCCAAGGAGACCUGCUCCGAGACACGCUGCACCAGUGGAUAGACACGUGCAAAGAGGACAUGCGUGCUGGCGUGAGCGCCCUCUUACUGUGUGUCCGGAGCGUGAAGGGGCUGGCUGCCAUCAGGGACGGUGUGUGGGACCUGCUGGGCAGCGAGGCGGUCAGCCUGCACUGGAGCACCGUGUGCCAGCGCCUCCUGGAGCAGCCACUCCGGCUGUGGGAGGACCUCCUGCAGGAGCUCUUCCUGCAGCGCCUGCAGGCUGUCGUGCAGGAGGCGAUGGAGGUGAUCUCGACCGGCUCCAGGCAGCUUUUGGGCUCCGCGUUGCGAGAGCUGGAGGGUCAACCCACCCCGGCGGGCUUUGGCCGGGGCGUUCGGUACGAGGCAGACGUCGCGGCGUUCCUGUGGGCCGAGACCCCCGGCGACCUGCCGGGCGACGCGGCCUGGGUGAGCGUGUCCCAGCGAGACCCGCAGGCAAAGAGCGGCCUGGCCAUGAAGACUCGGGCCCUAACGCCCCGUGUGCAGACCCUCUGUGCCGUGCUGGACUCCAGGCUCAAGGCCAGCCUGGAUGACGUACAGCACUACCUCCCUGCGGAGACGCCCCGCCCGGACGCGGCGGAGGAUGCCGCUGCCUCCUUUGGCUGCGACGCGGACGCGGUGGAGCAGGCGCUGAGGGAGCACUGCCUGGCGUGCGUGAGGGACAUCUUGGGCAGCGUGCAGGCUGAGCUGGGCGCCACCGCGCCGGGUUCGAUGAGCGCCAUCCUGUUUAUGGCCAGGCUGUGCCAGUCUCUAGGGGAGCUCUGCCCCAGCCUGAGGCAGUGUGUGCUCGGCCAGCGGGGGGCUGGCCCAGGGGACGUGGGUAGGGGCACGCCACGCCAAGGCAGGAAGCUAGGGAAGGGGGGAGUGGCCAAAAGUGUAGAGCCAAGCCCAGCACAAGCCAAGUGGGCGGGCCUGAAGGAGGAGCUACUCGACUGCAGCAUGGAGGCUUACGGCAUCUGGAGCGCUGCUAUCUCCAAGGAUCUGUUAAGCGGCUUUGCGGGUUCCCUGCACGCUGGCACUGCUGGCCACGUCCUAAGCACCGCCACAAACUGGGAGGAGUUUGAGAUUCAAGAGGAGGCGGAGUCAGGCAAAACAGUCACGUCCAAAAUCCAUCUUCCUGUUCAGCCAUCAUCGUAUGUUCAGUCUCUGCUCUUUCACCUGUGCCUUGAGGUCAAUAGGGUCGGAGGUCAUGCCCUGCCUAGCAUCACUCUGCUGGAGCUGGUGAAAGGCUGUCUGGACCAGGUUUUGCAGGAGUACGAGAAACUCAGCCAGCCCACGGAGAGCUCGGAGGCAGUGUUCCUCAUCACCCAGAGCAGAGCCCUGCAGCUGCUGUUUGACCUGCGUUACCUCACGGUCACUCUGACCUCCCCACUGGAGGAGGGGAGGACCUCCCGCUCACAGCAGGAUCCCAGGAUCCAGCAGAUCUGUGACUUCCUGGAGAGCCAUAUCGACCCAUUUGACUUGGACGUGUUCACCCCUCAUCUCAACAGCAACCUGAACCGUGUCUCACAGAGGACCUCAGUGCUCCUGGGCCUUCUGCCAGGCUGGGAGAGGCAGGGUACUCGCCGCACAGGCAGCCUCAGCUCACAGGAACCUUCCAACAUCCUUCCUUUGGCCAGCAGCCAGAUCCGGUUUGGCCUUCUACCACUGAGCAUGACCAGUUCCCGGAAAGCCAAACCAUCAACCAUAGCAACAGACAUCGCUACACCCCUUGCGGUUCCCUCAUCCAUUCCUGCUUCAGAGGACAACUUCCGCCCCGGAAACCUUUUUAGGCAGUUAGCCAGUCAGGAAGAGGAACCUGCUAGCUCCUCCCUCUUUAAAUUAGGCUGGCUCUCCAGCAUGGCAAAAUAAUUUUAAAAAAUUCUUAGGGGAGGGGUGAAACUGAAGAUUUUUAUCAUAUACAGAGUAUGUAUACAAUAAUAAAAUAUGUACAUAUGUAUAAAUGUUUUGAGAUGAAAAUUGUGUUUUCUUUUUUACACUGGCGAUAAUAAAGCGCUCUUCUCCCAACA